CAGCGGAUAUGUUUCCUCCAGAUAAAGUUUGUGAUGGGAGGACUGCUUUCUAUGAAUCUCAGGGGAUGAUGCUGCAGCUGCAGUUUGUUUGCAGCCUGUUUCGGUUGCAGAUCUGAUCAUGAGGCCGAGAAAAGCAACAAGAUGCACAUCGGAUAAACUUUCCUCUCAACAGUGUCUCCGCUGCAGAGUUUGAAUCAGGAUGCCUCGGAUGAUGCACAGACGCUGCUGCCCCGUGUUGCUCCUCCUCGACAGACUAUUUGAUUCAAGUGUGUAAAAGGGACUUCAACCGGAAACCAAACUUUUUUCUGCGAACUUUUUUUUCACUGAGGCUAAACAGGAAAAAAAAGACAGAGACGACCCUUAGUGUCAUAAACGGCACGGUUCCUUAUUUUCUUCAUUGACGUGUGCUGUUGGAAAUGUGUCAGCGGCAGACCAACUGGGGAGACGUAAACAGUUUCUGGCGAGGAUAAGGGCGACGUCGAGUGAUUUCAGGCUGCUCAGCGCUCACAUAACGGAUUUUGGUCCUUUAUCAUGGAAGAUGGUGCAAAAGAGGACCCAGCCCAGAGUAAAGAGCCAAAGUUCCUGGGUAAGGCUGGCUGGGUGAAGAAGGCCCCCGGCAGACUGCUGGCGAGCUAUAAGGACCGCUACAUCCAUGUGGAGAAGACAGAGAUUGUGGUGUAUGAAAAUGAGGACCUGCAGAACUGCUUAGAGAGGCUCGACCUGGAAAACUACGAUCAUUGUCAUGAAUUAAAGAGCCCCUUCAAGAAGAAGCACAGACUGAUUCUGAUUCGAUCAUCCAAGCCUGGAAAUAAGGUCCACGAUGUGAAGUUUCAAGCUGCGUCUGCCGAGGAGAAAGACGCCUGGAUUAAAGCUCUGCUCGAUGGCAUCAAUCGAGCAAAGAACAAAAUCUUUGAUGAGGUGACGGUUGAUGAAAGCAGUAAUUUAGAGCAUGUUACUCGAUCAAGGCCCAAAGGAAACCGUAACCGACGGCCACCAACCAGGAUACACAUGAAAGAGAUAGCUGAUGUGUCGUCUGAUGGUAUCCUGCGCUUGGAUCUUGAUCUUGAAGAUGCCACAAUUCCUAAUGGGACCCAUCAUGCAACUGUUGACGGCACUGGAGCCCCCAAAGCAGCCCCGACUCCUCCGUCCAAUGCCAGUGAAGCUGCAGAGAAACAGACAGGAGGUGCUGAGGAGGAGGCUAAGACUGAGCCAGAGGUCAGUCCCCAGAAAAAGGUCCUCAAACCUCCCAUGCCCCCCAUCAAAGAGGCUAAACCCAGUACAGUACCUGAGGAUGAACCAGAUAAGGAUGAAGCCCCCGAGAAAAAGGUCCUCAAACCUCCCAUGCCCCCCACCAAAGAGGCGAAACCCAGUACAACACCUGAGGAUGAACCGGAUAAGGAUGAAGCCCCUGAGAAGAAGGUCCUGAAGCCACCUAUGCCUCCGUCUAAGGAAGCCAAGCCCUGCGCUUCACCUGUUGAAGAAGCUACAGAGGAGGACAAAGCUGAGAAGGUGGCUGAAAAGAGUCCUGAUGCCAGGAAAAAGACCGUUCCACCACCAGCCCCUCCCAACAAACCCAGCUCCAGCGGCUCCAUAAGCAACCUUGUAGAGGCCUCACAGUCCAGGCCGAACUCCCCUCCCACCCCUCCAUCCAAAGAGAAGAAGCCCUCCCAUCCUACUGUGGAGCCGGACCAAGAGGUUCAAGACACGGCUGAUGAGAAUGAGGAGAAGGAGGAAGGUGAUAAGAAGGAGGCAACAGGAGAAGCUGUGGAAACAGAUGAGGCUACACCCAGUGUCAAAGAUGAUAAACCUGAGAGUCCCAGCGAAGAAGGAGAGGUUUCUGAAGAAGAAUCAGGGGAGAGUAGUGGCGUAAACGAAGCAUCUGACAGUGAGCCCCAAAUCCCUGCAGAGCCCAUCAGAAAGAGCCCCAGUCCUCUUCUAACCCCCAAGAAAAAGCCAGAGAAACCUGUUGAGCCUGACAGGCAACACACAGAUGACAACACAACUGUAAUGCAGACUAAUGAGGGACAGGACCCUACUGCAUCACUGCAAACAGCCUCAGAUACCUCAGCCAGUUCUCCUCAAGCAGAAGAGGCACCACCCAAGAGUGAACCCCCCUCAGUAGUUGUCUCUUUGGAUGACAGCCUCAGCUUGAGUCCACUGAUCUGUCACUUGCCCGAGGAGAAGAAAAAGAAGACAGAGGAGAAGUCUGUAGACAGUGGUCAGCACUCAGAUGAUGAUAGCGAAGGCUCUGGGACUGAAGACACACUGGCGACUUCCACGGCUGCAUUGAGAGGAAGCCAUCCUAGUCUGGAUGUGUUGGACACCAGUGAGGACGACGUUCAGAUCCCUGUUAGUAUAAGGCUUACAAAGGUCCCACCCAAGCCUCAGGUUAGACCAAAGGUCUUUCCCUUUCGGCGCUCGCAUCCCACUCCUCCUCUCAAACCCUCAGUCAAGGCCAGGUCGGCCUCCAGCGGAGAUCUGCUGUCUGACUCUUCAGUCUGUAUUCAGGUGACACAACAUAGCACACCAGUGGCUGGAGGUGACAGACCUCCUAGUAUUGAUGUCAUGAAACUUGAGACUGAGGUGGCGCUGGAGAUGGAAAAGACAAAGGAGCUCCUGAGCCAAGUGUCCCAGUCCGAGGAGGGAGGUGAUGCGGAGGGCAUGCCCCAGGAUCUGCUGGCCCAGGCCAUGGAGAAGCUGCAGAAGGCUGAUGAUGUCCUCAGGGAGGUCAAUAAACUGAAAAUUGCAAAGAGCCCAUGCAACAGGAAGAGCUGGUGAAUGUCAGUCAGAGCAGAUUGACUUGGAACUGACCGUUCGCUAAAAGCUUUUGCUGAACAGUGAUUGUCCAGUCAUGGCAUAGCAACCGGCCUGUCAAGUAAUAUUCAGUUUACAAAGGGUUUGGAGGGCCAUGUCUUUGUGGCCUGUCCAAAACCAAAAACACAAGCAAAGAUUUAAGGAAUUGAUUUAACAAUAUGUUUGUCUGCCCUAAUGUGAGCUGCAACCGUUAGCAUGUCUGGCUAACUAGCUUACUACCUACAGUAGUAACUGAGCGGUACUUUCAAGGUCUUUCUAGUAACCUAUCAUUAACAAGCUACAAUGAGGUUACAGUUGAAAAAACAAAAACCUAUUCACAGCCAGCACAUGUAUUAUGUUAGAAUCACCAAAUCUUCAAACCCUGAAACCCACAGAUUUAUGCACGUGCAUAUGUAUGUGCGUGUGCAUGCACCAGAGACAUUUUCAUCAAGAUGAGGGACCAAUCACACCUCCCAAGCACACCUUUCAACAACGAAGACACCACUAACGCAGCAUUUUCGUUGCUUGGUACUUUACGAAGGAAUGAGUAAGUCUCCUGGAGCUCUUUAGAAAAUGCAGACAUUCCCUGCAGCAUAACAGCUAACCAUUAGCUACUGACAAGUUCUGACAGACAAGGCCGCACCUCUGGCUCAUACCUUAGCAACAGGCUUGACAACGACACAUUGAUUGACACAUAUAUGAAUUCAGAUGUGUGAUGCAUUGUUGUUAUUAAUAUAUAUAUCGAGUUAGGUACUCCUGCAAUGAAUCCUCAUACCUCCAUACCCGUGAAAUAGUGCCCCAUGAAUGACGUUAUGUCCGUAAGGUAAAGAUACGGAGGUUAAGUUCAGGAAAAGACACAUGGUAACGAUGUACCUUAACAUAACUCAAAGUUCACACGGUUCCAAACACCAGUUUUGUGACCCGUCCACCACCAACCUGCCUCCUUUCUGACUUCGGACAGGGCAUUGGUCACAUGAUCACAGCCUUCCCAGACACGUGGAUUACACUCAGACUAUUGGCUCAUGAUCACGCAGGAUGUGUACAAAUUUUGGGGCAUUACUUUUUGUAGGAAAAAGUACAAACAGUGCAUGAGAACAGCCUGAAUAAUGAGUGGGACAGAACAUGAUAAACGCCUACGCUAGUGCUGAAAUUAGUAAAACGUGUAUAAUAAUCAGUAUUUUGAUUGUGCUUAAAAUUCGGACAGUUGGUAGUAAAUGUUAAAAAAACAGAUAUUUACAGAUAUUUGUCGGGCCUCAUGACAUGACAACAAACCGAGACGUCUAAUCACCAUGCACUAUGGAAGCUGCUAUUUCCCCAUUGUGUGGAGGCCGGUUGUGAAUACCAUCAGAGUUUAAGGCCCAGACGCACCAAACUUAAAAGGACUAGUGACAACGAAAGCCCCCUGCUGUGUCGCCUCCCUGUGUCUCGGUCAAAAAGUUGCACAUGAACACACCGCAAAAAUUUCAACUGACGGCCAACCAGCACGUAGAUAGCAGACACCGGAAGACCGUUUUGACACCAGUUAGCAUGUUAGCAACACAUUCUCAUGUUGAAAGAACAGAGCAUGUUUACUAUGAGCCAGUAAACAGAAAAGAGCUAAAGUUUGUUUUGCUCUCACUCCCUCUUGACUUUAGCUCUUUGUUUACUUUCCUCACUUCUGUUUCUUUACUUGUGCGCUGAGUGGAACUACCAGUCAGAGUGAUUGCAUUCACUGAUGGGCUUCGCUGCUGUCCACACCAAAUUCAACAUGCUGAAGUGGCAGAAAAUAAGCAAACUAGCCCAGAUGAUGGCCAGUGGUGCGAGACACACUGCAGCAACGAGGGCCACGGCCCAGUGGCUCAACAUUGACCAACGACCAACUGUCGGCUUGGUGUGUCAGGGCCUUUAGACGAACGUUAGCUUCUCUGUCCUUCUUUUUAUUGGAUUUUGGAAAGUUUACACCCCAGCAAACCCAGGCAACAUGACCAAGGAUAUUGCUCCUUCUGCCAAAUACAUUCUAAAAGCCUUUUACCUUGUACUGUUAAUAGUUUAGUUUGGUUUAUUUGAGAGGGGACAAAUUAAUAAAUACACAUGGUAUAAAAGAUGUCGAAAUUCGCCACAAAGCUAUUUUUCAUCUGUAAUGCUUUGGCCGAGAUGUUACACAAGGCUACCUAAAAUACAACAAAGCACAAAAAACCGAGGUGUCUGUUAACAAUUAAAAGUAAUUCGUACAGUUUAAAUGGAAACAACACAGUUUUUGAUCAACUUGCGGAGCUAACAUUAGACUGUGUAUCUAACUGGAAAAAACUGUAUGACAUUUCAGUGGGCAAAAUCAAUAGCUAGCUCGAAAUGAGAAGUUGCUUUUGUCUUUCUCUUAUGAAAUGGUUCCCUGUGACCUUCUAAAGAAUCAGCAGUUAUAGCCUAUGUAAUGAAAUGGAAAGCCUGACGGAUGUAGCAACACGUGCUAAGGAGUUCAGGGUUUAGCGAACGGUCAGUUGAUGAACUUGUGCAGAAAAUUUUUUGAUGGUCAUGCAGCACAUGCAAUUGUUCGCCUAUAAAUAACUAAGUGCAAUUAUUUCUAGUUUAACUUUCUCUGUAGCUGAAGGUAAUGCUUAAUGUUCUACUGUGUAUUGUUUAUUUUUUGUAUUAUAUGAAAUAUCGGACAUUUUCAAGAAGGAUUACUUGAAAGUUAAUUAGAGAAAUAAUAUAAUGACAAAGCAGUACUGUCAGUACAAUAAGAACAUGCAAAUAAAGUACUAAAAAGUGUUAAUACCAAAUUACACAACAGUUUUAAUAGUGUACUCGUCUUUGUGGAUUAAAGAGGCUUAGAUUAUAUGUUUUUCUGGCAGUUUAUAUGAGGGAGUUUAUAUUGUACAUAGUUUAUACUUUACCAUAGCAUAUGCUGUUUAUUGUUGAUGAGGAAAGAUGAACCAGCCCAGCUCAGGAGUUUUCUGAAAUUAACCUUUUCAGACUAAUCAUGUGAUUAAAGCAAAAAUGAAGAACUGCUUCUCCACUUAGAAUGAUUACAGUUUAUGUCAUACUGAUUUUGUACAUAACAGAACAAAGAGCUUGUAGCAGCACUUUCGGCUCACUAACCUCUCUUUUAGUUUGAUUAUGAGGCACAUGUGCUCCUCAGUGAUUUUCCUCACAAUUUGAAUCAUGAUCUCUGAGGGAUUCCCCCUAUUUGUUGUCUAAUGCUUUGUCAAAAAAUGUGAUGGUAGUGUUUAAGACUAUUUUGAAUAAAUCAUACCAUUUAGAGUAUGCAAGAAUAUUUUCUAACAUUAGAUAUAAUUUUGUACUCUUUGAUAAAAUUUGCUACUGCCCAAAUAAACAAAGGGAAACUAUC